AUGGACGUUCUCUACAGUUACUUCCCAUAUCCUCUCCGCGAGAAAGCUGCCGUGACCAUCACUCGAGGCGAUUUGUUGCGAAUACAGCAAAAUGACUUUUUGAACGACACUCUCUUAGAAUUCGGUUUGCGGCAUGUCCUGGACCAGUUCGACAACGACGCCAAAGAUGAAACUCAUAUAUUCAAUUCUUUCUUCUAUUUGAAACUUGCCAACAAGUCCAAAGGGAGCAAGCCCACACCGGAAGGGUGGGCGGCUUAUGACUCUGUCAAAAAGUGGACAAAAGGCAAGGAUAUCUUCAAGAAGAAGUUUGUUGUGGUACCAAUUAAUGAACAUUUUCACUGGUAUCUUGCUGUGAUCAUCAACCCUGCCGGCAUCUUGCGAGAGACAACCCCGCAGCCAAAUAUUCAAACAAGUGCCAUCGAGUUCAAGUCGAGUCCCAAUCGACCUACCACACGGGCGGCCGCAGCCGCCGUGAAGGAGAGUGCCCCCGCCGAAAUCGAAGUGCCGGCGUCUGCCGAUCAAGAUCCCUUGAUUUUGUACCAAGGCAAUGCCGAUGACGGUGAGCGACAUGUCGCUGGGGAGUCUGUCCAUGAGAACCGGCCAACUCAGCCGGAUCGUAUACUGGAGACUCCGAUCGCUUCUCAGACCAUUGGGAAACCAAACGAAACUAGCCCAAAUAACAACCUCUUGUCCCCGCCAUCCUCUCCACUCACGCCUGUAACGCCUGUUCCCGAACCUCUCAUGUCACCUGAUGCGCCGGUCUCCAGUGAUCCCAUCAACGCUCUAGAUCAGACGGGCGAUCAGGACCAAGAUAUCCAGAUGCAGGAUGUCUCGUCUGCCGUUCAGAGCCUGGCCCUGGGGGGCUCUGUCAAAAAUGAUGUUGGUGAGGAUACUGAUCCGGCUCAAGGUGGAUACAUCGAUAUCAUGUCAUCAGCGUUUGCCCACAAUCGCCAACCUUCAGAAACGGUACAGGCUGCAACAACGAUCGAAGACGAUGCGGAAGUUGUGGAGAUAGCUGGCCCUGCAGCGGGGAAGAAGCACAAGAAGGGGAAAGCUUCGGCCAACAAAGAUAAAAAGGCUUCUCCGAAAAAGAAGGGUGAUGAUGACAAUUUUCAAGACGGCCGAACCUGGAUUGUGACUUUUGACUCCCUUGGCGGGAAACAUCAGGCGGUCGGUAACACAUUGUCGCGUUGGUUAGAGUUUGAAGCGAAGGACAAGCAUGGCGUCGAUGUCAAGAGUGAUGCGGUAUAUCGGGCGGGAUACGCCCCAGCCCAACCCAAUUUCGUCGAUUGUGGGCUAUAUGUUGUGUGGUACACUCAACAACUUUUACAGAAGACAGGCGCCAUUCUCGAGUUCGUUCAGCGCCAGCAACCAUACAAGACGGAUCCUGAUCGCAAGGAAUGGCAAAUUUCUCUCGAAAGCGCCUGGUCAGCGUCCGAAACAGCCAAUUUAAGGGAAAAAUGGCUCGCCGAUAUGGAGAGUUUGAACUUGGAGUGGAAAAAGGUGAAAAAAGAAAGAGCGGCUGCUGGUAUUCCAGAGGACGUUGACGUGGAUGGAGAAGAAGGGGACAGCCAGAUCCAGGUUAUCGACAAGAAAGAGCAAGAAACCCUUCAGAAAGUGGUAAAGGCAGAGUACGAAAAAUAUUGCAAAGCUGGCAAUCUAGAGGGAUCUCAAAUCGGCAAACAACCGUCCCCUUUUCGAAUGGCUGCUGCUCUCAGGCCAGCGAUAGAAGAGGACGACGAAUUUGCAGAAUCUCGGCAUGCCCAGCGGCGACUGUCGGCCCCUGCUACUUCUUCCAGGUUUCGACCGGGACACGAAUCCGCCCCCCGCAGCAUGCCACCUCCUGACCGUACCUCGACACCUCCUCGAACUAUUCCCGAGAAGCGCCUCCCACCAACUUCCGCCCAUCUUGAAAUUCCUGAUAUCCCGCAUUCCAGCCCAACCAAUGCAGCGCAAGACGCUACGCGAAGGAAGGCUAGAAGUUUAUCACCAGGUACUCAGGGAUCUCCUGAUUGGCCGGACAGAGCCGAGGAUGAUGAAGACGCUGUCACUCUCCGGGGCCAGCCGGAAGACGGGGGGAGAGAAGGGAGACCUCCAAAUCAAACAACACGGAAUGACGACUCGGACAAGCUCGAUACAAACGCAGACGAGCGAAUUCAAGAGGUCGAUGAGGGCCGACCUGGUGCUUCAAUGAGGCAUGCUGGGGGUGUUAUGGAAAAGGAGAGAGAAGGGGAGAACGACGACGCAAAAAUAGAAGAGGAGGAGGAGGAGGAGGAGGAGGAGGAAGAGGAGGAAAAGGAAGAGGAGAGGAACGAACAAGCGUUAGGGGAAACUCCAAAGAGGGAAGAGUAUAGGUUACAAGCGCUUAACAUCCACCUCAGCAAUGGCCAUGGGCGCUCAGAGGCGAGUCCUGUCGCCGCUGAACCUCACAUGCCAACUACCGCUACCGUGGACCCUGAGAACGUCCAUCAUAUCCGAUACUCUUCCGAGGAUGGUGCAAGCCCCUCCCAUCCUGCAACGCCGACCAACGUCCCUCCCAAAGCGACGGCUGGGAGACAAAGUCUUUCAAAGGAGAGUAAAUACUUUGAUAACGGCAAACCUAAAUCUCUCGAGCCAGCAGCUGUCAAAUCGGCGGUCGCGUCGUCCAGUUUCCCUCCUACGAAACAGCCUGCUGUGGCUGUAUCCGCCCUGGAGAGGCAUACUCCGAGCAGACCGAAUCCGGAGGCCCUUGUGCGAAUGUCUUCUGGUAACCGUGGCCACGUCAUCUCUGUCAAGAGUGGCGGUGACAGUAGUAAUGGUCCCUUUUCUUCUCUCAGCGCGAGUAGUCCUACUGGACCAUAUCUGCAAAAAGAAGCUCGCAUGGAGCAGGCGAUCAGAGCAGGGAUGCAGGCCAAUCCGGGAAAGAAUGACGGGCUAGAGGUGGGGUCAGGGAGUCAGGACGAAGAGGAGAUGGGCAUCCCAGACGCUGGGGGAAAGGAGAGGGCGGCCGAGCUUUUGCUCCGGUCGGACCAGGAUACAGUGCCUGCUCGAGACAGAACACAGAUGCCGGCCUCUGCUAUGGGGAACCGUUUCAAAUCGCCUUGGAAGAGGCGUGUCGUUUCGGACGGGGGCCAAAGUGGUCCAGAGAGCAAGCGGAAGAAAACCGAGAAGGGGAGUCGCAGGGAAUCGGCGGCGCAUGGAGCAACAAAGGAGCAACCCAUAGAAUUGGAAGACGAUUGA